ACUCCCUACCGGCUAGAGAGAUCCGCUAUUCCAUAUAAUACGCCGGCAGUAAAGCAGUUCCAACAGUUCGCAGUCAAUAUCUUACCAGACGAGUUCAAGAUUGAAUCAACGGUAACCGGAAAAUGAGAAAAUUUUUGAUCUUUGUGGCCUUGUGCGCCAUUUGCCACGCCGCUCCUGCAACUAAGGAUCCCAUUCCUACAGCUUUAGACUCCAAGGCUACUCAUACUCAAGAUCACGCUGGAUCUCAUGCUGACAAGGAGCAGACGGUUAUACAUCGUCAGAAACGCGAUGAAGAUGCUCCUGUAAAACCAGACUCUAUCAAGGCUCGUGAAGGACUGCAGCACGGUCAUCAACAGCACGCUCAAGCCGUACCAGAGAUCCUUAUCGCACAAGACGCCCUGCCUCAUGAUCACAAGAAAACCAAACGGGACACUCAUGAUCACGACGUGGGACACGACGCUCUGUCACUCCCGCGAGACACUCCCGCCAAGCCAGAUUCUGUCAAGGCACAAGAGGGACUACAGCACAAUUAUGAUCAUGAUCAUCAUGCCCAAGUCUUAGGAGCACCUCAUGAUCAUAAGCAAACCAAGCGUGACACUCCCGCCAAGCCAGAUGCUGUCAAGGCACUGGAACAACUGCACCACGAUCGUGAUCUCCUGGCCAAUGUCUCACCAGUGAGGAGUUCCGGACACGAUGCCCUGACCCAUGAUCAUAAGAAAACCAAGCGUGAAGCUCCUUCCAAGCCAGAUUCUAUCAAGGCACAGGAAGGACUACAGCACAAUCCUGCUCACCUGUCCGCAGUCCAACCAGUGACGAGUUUCGCACACGAUGUCCAUGAUCAUAAGAAAACCAAGCGAGACACUCCCGCCAAGCCAGAUGCUGUCAAGGCACAAGAGGGACUACAGCACAAUUAUGAUCAUGAUCAUCAUGCCCAGGCCUUGCCAGAGACUCUUGUCACUCACGAUGCCCUUCCCCAUGACCAUAAGCUUUACAAGCGUGAAAAUGUUACUCCUGGAUCACCAACAGGAUCAAAGGACAUUGAGCACGAGGGUAGCAGCACUCCACAUGGUCCACUGCGUCAUCGUCCUGUGCCUGUCGCAGAGCUCUUCAAUAAGGCCAAGCCCAGCAGCAGCUCAGAAGAGAGCAAGGAGAGCAAGGAGACCAAGGAGACCAAGGAAUAAACUACAACCUCAUCAAGAGUGUUAUAUAUAUAGCUAAGCUUGCCCGAUAUUUUAUACGUCAUAUGACGACAUCAGUAAUAAAUGACAAAUAAAUAAAAGUAUAUUAACCAUGUUAAAACAUAAAAA